GCUGCCCUGUUCUUAGGCUGUGCUUGCUUUUAGCACGCUACUGUACUUUUUCGGUAGAGUGUUAACCUCUCUGGGUCAUGAAUUAAAACCUGUUUUACAGUAAAUUUGCUGCCAGAAGAGGAGCAAUGAAUACUUCAUUUCAUCUUCAUUUCUUGGAUCUCAACCUGAAUGCCACAGAAGGCAACCUUUCGGGGCCAAAUGACAAGAGCAAGUUUUUGCCAUGUGAAGAGAUGGGCAUCGCUGUGGAGGUGUUUCUGACUCUGGGUCUCAUCAGCCUCUUGGAGAACAUCUUGGUCAUAGGUGCCAUAGUGAAGAACAAGAACCUGCACUCUCCCAUGUAUUUCUUUGUGUGCAGUUUAGCAGUAGCUGACAUGCUGGUGAGCAUGUCCAAUGCCUGGGAGACCAUCACCAUAUACUUAAUAAAUAAUAAGCAUCUGGUGAUAGCAGAAACCUUUGUGCGUCACAUUGACAAUGUGUUUGACUCCAUGAUCUGCAUUUCCGUGGUGGCCUCCAUGUGCAGUUUGCUGGCCAUUGCAGUGGACAGGUACAUCACCAUCUUCUAUGCCCUGCGCUACCACCACAUCAUGACAGUGAAGCAUUCCAGGGUGAUCAUUGCGUGCAUCUGGACCUUUUGCACAGGCUGCGGUAUUGUUUUCAUCAUUUACUAUGAAUCCACUUAUGUCGUCAUUUGCCUCAUCUCCAUGUUCUUCACCAUGUUGUUCCUCAUGGUGUCUCUGUAUAUACACAUGUUCCUCCUGGCACAGACUCAUGUCAAGAGGAUAGCAGCUCUGUCUGGAUACAGUUCUGUGCAGCAACGGACCAGCAUGAAAGGUGCUGUCACCCUGACCAUGCUGCUGGGUGUUUUCAUCGUGUGCUGGGCUCCAUUCUUUCUCCAUCUUAUUUUGAUGAUUUCUUGCCCUAGGAACCUCUACUGUUCUUGCUUUAUGUCUCACUUCAAUAUGUACCUCAUACUCAUCAUGUGUAAUUCUGUGAUCGAUCCUCUGAUAUAUGCCUUCCGCAGCCAAGAGAUGCGGAAGACCUUUAAGGAGCUUAUUUGUUGCCAUGGCUUCAGAAUGGCCUGCAGGUUCCCUAGCAGGUAUUAAACAGGAAGUUCUCCUCCUGCAGCUCUCUUUUCUCCUUCCUUUGCCUUAUGGCAAAGUCAGGUACGGCAAGGCAAAGCAGGAAAACUAGAAAUCAAAACCGUGCAUUCCCCUUAUCUUCUUUCCAUCUCGAAUUUGUGCUUAAGAUGCACCCUUUUUUUUUCUUCCUGUGGCAGUUGUUGGGUCAGACAAGUGCAUGCCACUUAUCCAUUUUGCUAAUGGUCUGUGACAAUUUCUUGCUGUCCUGCUUUCCUCCUCCUUUUUCUCCUGCUCCCACCCAUUUCUGGGGGCCUUGUCCAUCCUCCAUCUAUUAAGUGCGUGCUCAGGGAAGGUAAAACCUCCUGGGUGCAACUCUAAGCGUGAUGAAGAGCUGACAGUAAUGGAAAGAAGUCUGUGAACAUCUACAUCGUUUCUGACUGCUUUCUCUCCCCAGAAGUAGUGCCAUAACCUUGCUUGAUGCUCCUGGAGUUGUGCAUGCUUUGGGAGGCAGAAUAGAGGGGUCGAAUUCUUUCUAUUUGACAUUUCCUGUUCAUUUGUUAUAGGACAUCUCUACAGCUCUCUUUUCCUGAACUUCUAGUUUUAUGGCUUGUGUUCAUAAUUGUCCAAGGAUGGAAUUUCCUUAAUUACCCUCUAGUCAAUCAUGUUUUUGCACUUACCCAGAUAUAAACCUUCAUGUUCCAAACCUUGCCUCAUGUGGUGUGAAAGACUCUCGACUCUUUCUUACUGUCCUACUCUGACUCACUCCAGGGUUUCCAAAUGAGCAUUUGAGGGCAUGUCAGGGGCUCCAGGCACCCCUGUGCUGUGUGCAGCACAUGCCUAUAACCAAGCUAUCUUUGAUCUUCUCAGGGGCAAGUCUGUCUUGGAGUCUCAAACCCUGUUGCUGUAUACUUUGCACAUCGCACCUCAGUCUGACUCCAGCAGCCAGAGAAGGUCAGGUGCCUUCUCUAACCCAGGGAGUGCUGCCUUCUCCAAAGUAGAAUGGAGUGAGAAAAUCUGAGUUCAGGUCCUGACUCUGCCAUUAACAGGUGAUGUCUCCUUAGUCAUCUCAUUUCAGGUUCCACAUCUGUGUUGACCUCACAGGAUGGUCAUGAGAACUACAGGAGAAAAUGUGAGAACACCUUGAAAACUUGUAAAGAACCACAGGGAUUGGCUAUUUGUUUUCAAGAAGUGUUGCAGUGGGAUAAAUACUAGGUGAGGAUGCAGAGGGCAGUGAUCAGAGCAGUGGCUGGGAAACCAGGAGGCCUGUUUUGCCACACAGCAACUGUGUGACCUUUGGUAUGUCUCUAACCUCUCCAUCCCAGUGUUCUUAUCUGCCGGCAAGGCUUGGUCCUUACAGCUCUUAUAUUCCAUUUGAUUAUUUUUGGUGUUAAUAUCUUCUCUUUUCUUUUGGAUAUUCAUGUCUAGACUGUUCCCAAAUGAAGGACAAAGUGUGAAUAAAGCAGUGGACCAUUAGGGCCGCACAAUGAUGAGCUGUUGAAGCCUGUUGGGGCAAAGGAACUUCCUGGGUGGGUGUAGUACACAAAAAUAACUUAUAGACAUGACCUCUCACCUUUGGCAGUUCGGAGUGCAGAAAAUAAUGAUCCUGGCAUGAGCAGGAAAGUGGAUAAGACAUCCAAAUCUUUGGAAAAUGGCAAAUUGACAACUGAGGUUAGAAGAUGCAGCCAGACCUUCAAAUGUGUCCUGUUUCUUUUAGUGAAUGGUCAUGAGUGUAUCCAUGAAUGUAAGUGAUCUUCAUGUAAUGAUAAUGGGAAACCGCAGUCUGUUUUUACAUGGGAUAUCUUAGGAACCUAGGUUCUGUGAAAGGUAGCCGCUUGGCUUUCCUGCUUAUCUCUGUGGCCCUGUUGCCUGCAGCAGUUUCUGGUACAAAGCAGGCACUCAGUUGAUGUUUGUUAUUGUUGCUAAGCAAAUGUGUAUUUAAUCUGCUGCCCAAGAACAGAUUGCCAAGUAGCACUCACUGAGUGCUACCUGAGCUCACCAGAGUGCAGAUCUUAUGGGUGAAAUCAAAUUUUGGCCCUUGUGGUUUACACUGGUUCCAUCUGGGAACUCAGUUCCCAUUAGGCUCACUCUCUGCUCUGGGUGUUUCAUGACUUCAGACAAGGUCUGACCUUUCUAUAAAAGUCUUUAAGGAAAUGCUCAGAUGUCUUUUAAUCUCCAUAUAAUUAGUGCAGAAAUAACCCAAGUGUUCAGAUGUGUCUUCAUUUGGAAGGAAUACAUGUACAUAGUGACUUGGUAAAUAUCUGCAAAUGAGCUAGCCCUUGGAAUCCCAACACAAAGUCCCCUAAUCAAAAUAUCCAUUUCACUGUUGUAUGGCAUUUUAUAUUAACUCAUUCUGUUUCUGUAGGAACUUUAUUUGAUGUAAAAAUAUGUGUUCAAAUAAAUGAUUAAUAAAAUGCAAGGACCAGACCACCCACAUGAACUGGUUUUUCUGAUGUGUGAUAUUCAGAAUGUUUUUGGUCUUCUU